GGGACAGGAGCCCACGAAGUGGAUAGCUGGCGUUCUCAAGCACGAGCUUCUCGAGCUCGCGUCCGAUUGCUGCGCCCUCCGCCGCCGCCGCCGAGAUGAUGCAGUCGCACCUGCCUUCCCCGGCGAGGCUGGGGCUCACCGCCUCGUCGCCGUCGCUCCCGCCCAACCCGUCCCCCUUGAACCCCACUUCCUCGCCUCCACACGGUAACCUGCCCGCUAGCGCAACCGCCGGCGCCGGCUCCGGCGCGGCCCCAACCCUAACCACCUCGCCGUCGCUGCUACCGCUCCUGCCGCCACUCCCCCGCGCGCAGUCGCUGCUCCAGCUUAUAUCGUCGCUCGCCUCCAACCUCUUCGAGCUCUCACCCAACCGGGCCGCGUGGAUCUCGGCGUACCGGGGGUCGCUCCCCACCUUCCUUCCCUCGGCGUCGUCGUCACCGCCGCCGCUCCCGACCCCGAUCUCCUCCACCAAGGACGCACUGUCGCUCCUCACCACCCUCCAGACGCAGCUCUUCGAGGCCGUCGCCGAGCUGCAAGAGACUUUGGACCUGCAGGACGCCCGAGCGCGGCUUGCCCGCGAGGCGCGUGCCAAGGACGCUGCGCUGCUAGCCUUCGCGAAGAAGCUUCACGAGGCCCACCACGUGCUUGACCGCCUCGUCGACGACUACGCCGACUACCGCCGCGACCCAAAGCGCCCGCGGGGCGCCGCCGCCGCUGACGAUCCCGAGCCGGUGUCAGACGGUGACUUCGGCGCGUCCCUCCACUCCAGGCUCAAGCUGGACGACAUACUGAGCUAUGCGCACAGCAUAAGUUGCACAACCUUCGCUCCGCCGGAGCACGGCGCGGGGCUGCCUCUCCGUGGGGCGUUCCCACCUGCGCCGCAGGAACAAGAGAUGCGGGCGUCGAAGCUGUAUCAGUUUGCUGAUUUGGAUGUAGGGGUGCCCAAGAAGCCAUUGGAGGCGAAAGAGGGGAUCACAGCGGAGGUGGAGGCCAUGCCGCUGUAUGAGCCACCGCCACAGGAAGGGGCACCUAGGAUACCAAGCACGUUGCCACCCAUGUUCCCGAAGGAGCUAAAGCCACCGCCGGGAUGGAAGCCUGGCGACCCAAUCACGCUGCCACUGGAUGACAUACUACCUGGUGUCAAGGGUGAAGAGCCACAGGCCCCUGUGCCGCAGGCACCUGUCUCAGUGCGGCCAGUGGUGCCAAUGGGACCAGAGCCAAUACAAGUGAAGCCUGUUCAACUUGAUUUUGAGACCAGUAGCAGUGAUGAGUACAGUAGUGACGUUGGGAGCUCAGAAGAAGAUGAUGAGGAUUAGCGCUUGGUAAGCUCCACAAUUUCAUCAUUCAUGUGUUUUAAAGCCGUUGUGGCCAUGCAGUAGCAAAGAUACAUACCAUAAUCUUUAGCUGAUGUUCCCGGCUGUCUAUCUGAUUGUUUCAGCAUUAAAUCUAGUAUAUUGGGUAGAUCCGCAGAUGCUUGAAAUCUGUACUGGUUUAGUUGCCACAUUGUCAGUAAUUGUUUUUAUAAGUGCUUAUCUCCUCAUGGAGUUAUGUUGCCUUGGGAUUUGUAGUUCAAUACGUGUGAAUGAAGAAAUUCGAUCCUGAUGGCUUCUGUGCUA